UUACACGCUCUACGUCGCCUGAUGCAAGGUAGUCCAGAUCAUCCAAAAGCUCCUUUAGGUAAUAAUUAUAGACCGCCUCAACCUUUAUUGCACCGGCCCAUACGCACCAAUAUUGAUUUUAAAACCUCCAAAGCAAAUGGUAAAGCUGCCUGUCCCACCAUGUACAAAGAAGUUUAUUAUAAAGCAACUAGUUGGAAACAACAUUAAAAUUAAACAACACUUUCGAGCCGAACAUGUUGGCCCAUGCACAGCAGCAGCAGAAGGGCGACGAAAACAUGUUUAAUAAAAGGCAAAAUGAUGGGGCAAAGAGGUAAACAAAAUUAUAAAUAAAUUAAAUAAAAGCGUGUAACAGGAGCUUCCACUAAACUAUAAUAAUAAUCAUAAUAAAAACAAAAAACACAAAAAUA